CCGCUUUCCCCAGUCACGUGAUUCUCCUCUCAACAUGGCUGCGCCCAGGCUGCUGCUUGGCACCGUCCUCGCUUGCUUGACGCUGAGGCUCUGCUUGGCCGUGUGUCCAGAGACGGGGGCUGUUGAUCCGGGGCUCGGAGGAGAGGAGGCCCAAGGCAGCUGUGGCUGCAGUACCAGCCGCGGAAACCGAGCCCCGGGAGAAGCAGCUUCACGGAAAUACUCCCGGGAAGUUCACCUUCCCCAACAGCCAGGCAAUGGGCCGAAAGACAAGGAUGAAGGCAGGCAGAUGGCCUCUAUUCCAGCUGGAGUGUUUACAAUGGGAACUGAUGAGCCUGCUAUACAACAAGAUGGGGAAUGGCCUGCAAGGAAAAUCCACAUCAACCAUUUCUUUAUGGAUCUCUAUGAAGUCAGCAAUAGAGAAUUUGAGAAGUUUGUGAAUGCCACUGGGUAUCUCACAGAGGCAGAAAGAUUUGGAGAUUCUUUUGUAUUUGAAGGCAUGUUGAGCGAACAAGUGAAGAGCGAAAUCCAUCAGGCUGUUGCAGCUGCUCCAUGGUGGCUGCCAGUCAAAGGAGCUGACUGGAAGCACCCUGAUGGUCCAGAUUCUAAUAUCGUAGACAGAAUGGAUCAUCCAGUCCUUCAUGUUUCUUGGAAUGAUGCCGUAGCAUUUUGCACUUGGGCAGGAAAACGGCUGCCAACAGAAGCUGAAUGGGAGUACAGCUGUAGAGGUGGCCUUGAGAAUAGGCUCUUCCCCUGGGGGAACAAGCUUCAUCCAAAUGGCCAGCAUUAUGCCAACAUCUGGCAAGGAGACUUCCCUACAAGCAACACGAGGGAGGAUGGCUACAAAGGAACAGCACCUGUAACAGCAUUCCCUCCAAAUAGUUAUGGCUUGUACAACAUUGUAGGAAAUGCAUGGGAAUGGACAUCAGAUUGGUGGAGCAUUAGUCACUCUGCAGAUACAGCGCAGAAUCCGAAAGGACCUCUAACAGGGACUGAUCGAGUAAAGAAAGGCGGAUCCUAUAUGUGCCAUAAGUCCUACUGCUAUAGGUAUCGAUGUGCAGCUCGAAGCCAAAAUACUCCUGACAGCUCUGCUUCAAACCUGGGAUUCCGCUGUGCAGCUGAUACUCUGCCUGACUACUUAAAGUGAUAAAGCCGACAGCUGUGGAGGACUAAGAAAACUAACCAAGGCCUUAAAGAAAAGAGUGCAGCUCAGGCAAAAAUGACAUCUCGCCAAAAAAGAAAAAAUUAAAAAGAAAUAUUGACUAUGUUAGCUAGCAAAUUUCUUUCUAUCACUAGACUGUACUUCUAUUUAAUUUAUGUAUGUGAAAUGUUUGAUUAUGUUAUUUGGGGAUCACAUCAAUUUCUAUUCAAAUCAUAAAGAACAGAAUUGUGUCCCUAAGCAUUUUUGGUUUUUUAAAAUAAAGGAGUAUCCUUCUGAGACAACAACUUUCAAACAUAGGAUAGAUUUAUAGUACGUUGAGAAAAAAACAUUGCUAGGUUUCCUUUAAUUACAAUUGUUGUAAUUAGGCCACAAGUGAAGAGAACCAGAAAGUAUAAUCCCGAGCCCAAGGAAGUUCAAGUCCCACUAAAAUUUGGUGGGUAGUUCAGGUAUGAGUUUCUUGACUCAGUGAUUUCAAUAGGAUGUAAAUGCAGUUAGCUUUCCUUGGGAUCGGUAACUUGAAAUAUAUUUUGCCUUGACCUCUGAGAUUUACAUCUGGAAGUGUUUUGCAAUAUAUUUUGUCUGUGAAAUGCCUUAGGAUCACUUGCUGUUUAUCAGAGGCCUCUUUCACCUUGGUGAGUAACAACUUCCUGAGCAAUCUAUUGUUUCAUUAAAUCGUGGAAUUGCAUUGGAAUGCCCCGGUGGAACCUGAAGAAGGUGGAUGGAAAUAUAUAUUCUCUUCAAGGAGGAACACUGGACAGGAUGCUGAGAGAAACUGUCAAGGACACAAAGUAGGAAGAUGUGUUUGAACAAUUCAUGCAAUAUACCCAGCUGAUACCUGCUGCCAGAUCUGAGCUUCUUAUACCAAGACUGCAACGCUAAGCACAUUUACUUGAUGAUGGUUGUUGAAAGAAAGUGAAGUUUGAAGUGGUGUUGUAUGUAUUCCGGGCUGUAUGGCCAUGUUCUAGAAGUAUUCUCUCCUGACGUUUUGCCCACAUCUAUGGCAGGCAUCCUCAGAGGUUGUGAGGCAUGGAGAAACUAGGCAAGGAAGGUUAAUAUAUAUCUGUGGAGAGUCCAGGGUGUGAGAAGAGUUCUUUGUCCGUUGGAAGUCAGCGUGAAUGUUGCAGUUAAUCACCUUAAUUAGCAUUGGAAAGGUUUGUCUCUUGCCUGGAGGGCAUCCUUUGUUCAGAGUCAUUAGCCAUCCCUGGAGCUCCUCUGCCCUCAGAGUGUUGCUUCCCAUCUACUGUUCUGAUUUUUGAGUUAAUACUGGUAGCCAGAUUUUGUUCAUUUUCAUGGUUUCCUCCUUUCUGUUGAAGUUGUCCACAUGCUUGUGGAUUUCAGUGGCUUUUCUGUGUAGUCUGACAUGAUAGUUGUUGGAGUGGUCAAGCAUUUCUGUGUUCUCAAAUAAUAUACUGUGUCCAGGUUGGUUCAUCAAGUGUUCUGCUAUGGCUGAUUUCUCUGGUUGAGUUAAUCUGCAGUGCCUUUCAUGUUCUUUGACUCAUGUUUGGGCGCUGCAUUUGGUGGUCCCUAUGUAUACUUGCCCACAGCUGCAUGGUAUCCGGUAGACUCCUGUAGAGGAGAGAGGAUCCCUCUUGUCUUUUGCUGACCGUAGCAUUUGUUGGAUUUUCUUAGUGGGUCUGUAGAUAGUUUGUAGGUUGUGCUUCUUCAUCAGUUUGCCUAUGCAGUCAGUGGUUCCUUUGAUGUAUGGUAAGAACACCUUUCCUCUGGGUGAAUCUUUGUCUUGACUCUCAUGGCUUGUUCUUGGCCUUGCAGCUCUUCUGAUGUCUGUGGUGGAGUAUCCAUUGGCCUGUAGAGCCCAGUUUAGGUGGUUUAGUUCACCUUGGAGGAGGUGAGGUUCGCAGAUUCUUUGUGCACGGUCUGUCAGGGCUUUGAUUGUGCUUCUUUUUUUACUUCUUUUUUGACUACACAUUUUCCGGCCACGCCGGAAAAUCUGGCUACCAGUAUUAAAAAACACAAAAAUCAGAACAGUAGAUGGGAAGCAACACUCUGGGGGCAGAGGAGCUCCAGGGACGGCUAAUGACUCUGAACAAAGGAUGCCCUCCAGGCAAGAGACCUUUCCAAUGCUAAUUAAAGUGAUUAACUGCAACAUUCACGCUGACUUCCAAAUGACAAAGAACUCUUCUCACACCCUGGACUCUCCACAGAUAUAUAUUAACCUUCCUUGCCUAGUUUCUCCAUGCCUCACAAUCUCUGAGGAUGCUUGCCAUAGAUGUAGGCGAAACGUCAGGAGAGAAUACUUCUAGAACAUGGCCAUACAGCCCGGAAUACAUACAAGAACCCUGCGAUCCCGGCCAUGAAAGCCUUCGACAACACAUUGAAGUUUGAAGCACUGGAUUAUAGUGGAUUGAGAUGACUCAGAUCCCUGUCUGCUGGGCAACCUUUCUGGUUUGUGUAACUUCAGCAAACUUGAAUGGUGUAUUUUCACAUUUUAGGAAACAUCUGGAGUUCCUGAUAAGAUACUGUUAGAGAGUAGUAGAAAUGCAGUGUGUAGCCUGUAAACUAAAUGUUUAUCAUCAUGCUGUUUUCCAAUUAGAAUAGGAAGAUUGAAGUGUUGGAUGCUAACAUAAAUUCAAUCUAUUCAAUGGAUUUAUUCUAGCUGAGAACAACUGCAGUCAGGACUUUGGAACUGUGAUGAAUUUAGUGAAACCUAUCAAAUGGGUUAGUCUUCCUGAAACAAAUCACACUUCAUUUUUUUAGCACUCCCGAAUUGUCUUCAGUAAUUUUUUUCUUUAGGAGUAGAGUUACAAUGUAAUCAACAGUCAGUGGUUCUCUGAAUAAUAUUUUACACAGAGAGAGACAGAUUGUGAGCUGCUACUUGUUGGGGAAAGUGAGGAAAAAUCUCCUGGGAAAUCUCAGUUUAAUAAACUGAUGACAAUACAUCUUUCACAGAUCAAGGUGCUCUCCAGAUGAUUUGGACAAUAUCUGGACAGUCAUUAGGGACCAAGGCAGUUGUACAAAAUAUGUAGCAGGCCUGCUAUUAUUCUCAGGUAGUGAUGUUAAUGCCACAACCAAAAAUGCACUUGAAGAGGUCUGAGAAACAGAACUCCGUAUUACAGUAAUAUGAACAGCCUGCUUGCUACAGAUGCAUAAAGCCAGAGUUGAAAAUUUGUAAUGUUUUGUGGGAACUCUUAAGAUCAGUCACAGAGGUACAUAAAAUGUUUUUAUAGUGUUA